AUGGUGGUGGAGACUCGCGCGCAAGAGCUCGCUCAAGCGAGAAAGGAGAAAGACGUGUUGGUCGCAGAGCCGGUGGAAUCGCGACUAAACAAGCUUGAAAACAAGUUGGAUGCACAAAAUUUGAAGAUCGAGGGACAUAUUGCUGAGAUGUUUGAGGCGAUCAACAUGUUAUCGGCUUCAAAACAAUCUCCGCCGGGCGUAACGAGGUUGGGGAAGCUUGAUUUUCCUCGUUUUGGUGGUGAACAGGUGAAGGAUUGGAUAUUCAAAGCAGAUCAGUUUUUUAAAGUUGAUCACACCCCAGAUGACUUGAAGGUAUCAGUGGCUUCGAUUCAUUUAGAUGGUAUUGCAGCUACGUGGCACCAAAAUUUGGUUGAGGAUGAGGAAACAGAAGGAAUCAAGGAGUAUUAUGCUAAAUUUGAGAACAUCAGAACUCGGGUUAAGUUUUCUGAACCUUACUUGGUGAGUGCUUAUUUGGCUAGGUUGCGAUUGGAUACGCAUAUGCAUAUUCGGAUGUUUAAACCAAAAACUGUGCAGCAAUGUUUGUUGUUGGGGCGCUUGUAUGAGACUGCUCAUCCACGAAAGAGUAUAGCAAGUCCUUGGACUAUGAACAAACAAUCUAACAAGAGUCAGCUGCCAUUCAGGAAGGAUGCUGAAAAUCAUAUACCAAAAGCUGUCUUACCUAAGAGACCAAGAGAUCAUCAAAUGCAACCGCGAAAGUUUUUAUCUAAUGAGGAGAUGAGUGCUAGGAGAGCAAAAGGUUUAUGUUACUUUUGUGAUGAACAAUACACACCUGAACAUUACAAAGUGCAUAGGAAGGCACAGCUCUUUGUGCUUGAUAUGGAAGAAGGGGUGGAGGAAGUUUUUCUAGAUGCUGAGGAAGAACAUGGUGAACCAGAAGGAGAAGUGGCUCACAUUUCUGCUCAUGCUAUGGAAGGAAUUUCUACCUACUCUACUAUGCGGGUGAAGGGUAUUCAUCAUACACAGAACACUGGCCACAAGAGAUCUUUAUUCAUGCUUGUUGACUCGGGUUCGACGCAUAACUUUAUGGAUCCACAAAUAGCAGCAAAACUGGGUUGUUCUUUGAUGUCUAGUGAGAAUGCCAGAGUUAGAGUGGCUGAUGUGUAUAAUUAAAGGUGUUGGCCAAGAUUAAAAACUUUUAGUGAGAAAUCCAUGGUACUAAGUUUGUGGCUGACUUUAUGGUGAUUCCAUUGAAGGGAAUUGAUGCAGUCUUGGGAGUGCAAUGGUUGCAACCAUUGGGUCCUAUCACUUUUGAUUUUACACUAUUGACGAUGAAGUUUAUUUGGAAGGGAAAGAAGGUUGCUAUCCAUGGUCUUCAGUCAGAUUCUGUCAGGUCCAUUAAAACAGAGAAGUUGAACAAAUUAAAAGAAGAAGAUGUACAGUUGUCUAUGCUUUGUGUGACUGAGGCUGAUGAUGGAAGUGCCAUUUUGUUGUCCUCAAUGGAAGCUAGCCGUGAGGAACAGGUAGUGUCACCAACUGAGGAAUUACUCAAAGAGUUUAAUGAUGUUUUUGUCGAGCCGAUAGCUUUGCCUCCUUUUAGGAAGAAUCAUAAUCAUCAGAUUCGUUUGGUGGAGGGUUCUAAUCCUGUGAAUUUGCGUCUUUACCGUUAUGAUGUUCAUCAGAAGGGUGAAAUUGAAAAAAUGGUGCAGGAAAUGUUGAAAAGUGGUAUUAUUCAGCCAAGCUCAAGUUCCUUUGCGUCCCAUGUGGUCUUAGUGAAGAAGAAAGAUGGUACUUGAAGGCUUUGUGUGGAUUACAAAGGUGUUAAUAAGAUUACGGUGAAGGAUUGUUUCCCUAUUCCUCUUACUGAGGACUUGAUGGAUGAAUUAGGUGGCUCUACUAUAUACUCUAAGAUUGAUUUGAGGGCGGGAUACCAUCAGGUUCGUAUGGAGACUGAUGACAUUCAUAAAACUGCCUUUAAAACUCACAGUGGCCAUUUUGAGUAGAGAGUUAUGCCAUUUGGCUUAACUAAUGCGCCUGCAACGUUCCAAGGUUUGGUGAAUGCGGUGUUUCAACAGUUUCUCCGGCAGUUUGUCUUAGUUUUCUUUGAUGAUAUAUUGGUGUACAGUGCUUAAGAGGAGGAUCAUUUAUCACAUCUGCGGUUAGUUCUGGAGUUGAUGAGAGAACAGAAAUUGUUUGCCAAACGAAGCAAGUGUGCUUUUGUGACUUCUAGAGUGGAGUACUUGGGUCACUUUAUUGACAAGGGAGGUAUUUCUACAGAUCCUUCCAAGAUUCAGGCUGUAAAAGAAUGGCCUGUUCCUUCUAAUUUGAAACAGCUACGGGGGUUUUUGGGGCUGGCUAACUAUUACAGGCGGUUUGUUCAGAAUUUUGGAGUUAUCGCAAGACCUCUGACCUUGUUGACAAAGAAAGAUGCUUUUAUUUGGACUGUGGAGGCUGAUGCAGCGUUUGAAGCACUCAAAAUUGCGCUGUGUACUGCACCAAUCUUAGCACUUCCCUUGUUUGAUCAGCAAUUUGUGGUGGAAACAGAUGCAUGUGGGUAUGGAAUUGGUGCAGUUCUAAUGCAGCAAGGUCAUCCUUUGGCCUAGAUAAGCAGACAUUUACAAGGCAAUCAACUCAAUCUAUCCAUUUAUGAGAAAGAACUUUUAGUAGUGGUAUUUGCGGUACAAAAAUGGCGACAUUAUUUGAUUCAUGCUCAUUUUGUGAUCAAAACUGAUCAACGAAGUCUGAAAUACUUACUGGAGCAACGCUUGAAUACACCAAUUCAACAACAGUGUCUCCCUAAGUUGUUGGAGUUUGACUAUGAUAUUCAGUACAAGGAAGGUAAAGAAAACUUGGUUGCAGAUGCUUUAUCAAGGGUGGAAGGUUCUGAGGUUCUACAUAUGGCUUUAUCUGUCUUAGAAUGUGAUCUUUUGCAACAAUAGAGAAGGUUAUGAAUCUGAUGCAGUAAUUAAGGUGCUGAUUGAGGACUUAAAGAAGAAUGUGGAUUCUAGGAAACAAUUUACAUGGUCUAAGGGGUUGUUGCGCCGUAAGAGUAAGUUGGUGGUCCCUAACGUGGUCUCUCUGCGGAAGUCUAUUCUAGACUGGUUACAUUGCUCAGGGGUUGGAGGACAUUCUGGUCGUGAUGCUACACACCAGCGAGUCAAGAGCAUUUUUUAUUGGAAAGGUAUGUCAAAGGAUAUACAGGCUUACAUCAGGGGUUGUAGGAUUUGUCAACAGUGCAAGUAUGAUACUGCAGCAUCGCCGGGGUUGAUUCAGCCAUUACCAAUUCCUAAUGCAGCCUGGUCAGAUAUCUCGAUGGAUUUCAUAGAUGGACUACCCGACUCAUUUGGUAAAUCAGUUAUUCUUGUGGUGGUUGAUAGGUUGACUAAAGUAGCUCAUUUUGUGGCUUUAAGUCACCCUUAUUCAGCGUUAACAGUGGCUCAAGCUUUCAUGGAUAACAUUUUCAAGCUUCAUGGAUUGCCAAACUCUAUUGUAAGUGACGGGGACUCUGUUUCUAAGUGAAUUUUGGAGCGAAUUGUUCACUCUUCAGGGGGUUGCUCUCAAUUAUUCUAGUGCUUAUCAUCCCCAAAGUGAUGGGCAGUCUGAAGUGGUGAAUAGAUCCUUGGAGACUUACUUGAGGUGCAUGUGUAGUGACAGACCAGGGUUGUGGAGUCGUUGGUUACCUUUAGCUGAAUACUGGUACAACACAAAUUUUCAUUCUUCUGCUAAUAUGACACCUUAUGAAGCAGUCUAUGGGCAGUUGCCUCCGCAGCAUUUACCUUACAUUCCUGGGGAGUCCAAGGUAGCAGUAGUGGCUCAAAAUUUGCAGGAUCGUGAAAAUAUGCUGUUGAUUUUGAAGUUUCAUUUGUUGACGGCUCAGCAUAGGAUGGAGCAGUCUGCUAAGGUGGGAGAUUUUGUGUUUGUUAAGCUUCAGCCAUAUCGUCAGGGAUCUGUGGUGAUGCGAGGAAACCAGAAACUUGCUCCUAAGUAUUAUGGACCCUAUAAAGUGGUGGACAGGUGUGGUAAAGUUGCAUACAAAUUGGCCUUACCAGAGACUUCACGCAUUCACCCUGUGUUCCAUGUCUCUCAGUUGAAGUUGCGAGUGGGUGCUUCCUCUGUUGGCAAUCAUCUUCCUGCUGUGGUGCAUGACGUGUUGCGGAAGGUACCAGAGAGUAUUCUGGAACGCAAGUUGGUGAAUCGCCAAGGCCGUGCUGCUACUAAGGUUUUGGUCAAAUGGUCCAAUGAGGAUGAAACAUAGGCGACUUGGGAGUUCUUAUAUGAGUUGGUGAAGAAGUAUCCUGAAUCUAACCAUGAGGUCAUGGUUGCUGAAGGAGGGAGGAUUUGAUUCAGUAUAGUGAGCAGCUCCACGUGGAUGGUUGAGAUGAGGUGAGCAUUCAACGGUCAAGAUCAGAUACCAAUCAAUGGUCAAGAUCAGAUGCAAGUGGCAAGUGGAAGCUGCAAUAUAAAGCACAAAGGAAUCGAGAUUUAGAUUAUCAUUGAAUUGUUGUUAAGUUUGUUAUUUUCUCCGUUUGAGCCCUGGGUUGUUGUGAGAUUCAUCCUCUGCGAAGAACGUGGUUCUUGCAAGGUGAAUCCAUAGAUUCACUGUUUUAUGAACAUUGAAUCUGAUCGUUCUAUUGAAUUAUAUUAUUCAGAAUUGUUGUGUGGUU